UGCGUGUGCAUUCCGUGCUCAUCUUCCACGACUCUGAGCACAGAAUUCGAAGGUUGCUGGGGCGGGCAGCAUGCGGUCGUUGCGGCCUUUCCUCCGGUGGAUGUCCGACCACGGCAUUGUGUGGGCGGAUGGCAUCCAUUUUCGGGCGGACGGCAGCGGGCGCUGGGGCGUGUACGCCGGACGGGACAUGGAGGAGGGCGAGCCCAUCGUGCGAAUUCCAAAGGAAAGCUGCUUGACCGCCAGCAACACGGGAGCUGCAGCUCAGAUUGAGGCUGCCUGCCUGGGCGGCGGCCUCGCGCUGGCGGUGGCUGUGAUGUACGAGCGCAGCCGCGGGGCGUCCUCCCCCUGGCAUGCCUACCUGGCGGUGCUCCCCCGCCAGGAGGACGUGCCCAUUGCGUGGGGGGCGCAGCAGGUGCACCACCUCCUGUGCGGAACGGAGCUGCACCAGACUGUGUUGGAGGACCUGCGGCUUAUUCGCCAGGACUGGCUCGACUGCAUAGCACCUUUGAGCGAGGAGGACCCCGCCACCUUUCCUCCCGCCCACUUCACUCUAGCCGACUAUCUGGCCGCCAAGACGCUCAUCAGCUCGCGCGCAUUUGCAAUCGACCGCCACCACACUAUGGGCAUGCUCCCUUUUGCAGACAUGCUGAACCACAAGACAGCGGCGGAAGACGUUCACCUUAUGAUUGGGGAUGGCGAUGGCGACUCAGACGACGAGAGCAGCCUCGAUUCAGACGAAGAGGCGGAGGGAGAGGACGAUGUCCGGCAGCAGGGCGACAGCGGUGGGACUCAGAGGGCACACGAAAUGGCAGAAGACGGGGAGACGACAGAAGAAAGCCGGCGGAAGGGCUCAGGGCGCAGCAAGCGAAGGGAGCCCGAGACGGUUGGGCCGCCGGGACAAGAGAACGGGGGACGGGGUCCAAAGCGAAGGAAAGGGAGCGGGGAAGGGAGGCCGGGAAAAGGCGAUACCGAAAGGUCCAACAUGGAUAAUGGCAGCCCUGAAGUGGGGCAUCGAGUGGGGGUGGGGGAACCCGCAGCGGUGGUCGAAGACAGUGGAACCAGGCAGGCCGGGGAAGAAGGAGAGAAGCGGACGCAGGAAAACGGAACGGACGAGAAGAAAGGAAGAAAUGCGGGGCAGACCGACGGGGGGACGGGGAGAGGCCAGGCAGGGGCGCACGAGGACAUGGGAGGCGAGGCCGUCGGGGAGAGUGCGAGCGACGAGCUGGAGAUGGUGCUGCUGCACGACCUGCAAGUGGGGCGCGAGGUGUUCAACACGUACGGCCGCCUGAGCAGUGGCGCGCUGCUAUAUCGCUACGGUUUCACGGAGCACGCCAACCCGUUCGACCUGGUCAACCUGGACGCGUACAAGGUGGCCGCCGCCGCUGCCGCCGCUCCGGGCUGCACCGCACGCCAGGUCCGCUCGCGCUGGGCGCUCUGGAGGGCGGCCUUGGGCAGCUCGCUCACAACGCAGGCGUGGCAGUACUUCGAGAUCGGGUGCGGGGGCCAGCCCGAGGCCGAGCUGCUGCUGCUGCUGUAUGUCAUCCAUGCCCCCGAGGCAGCCGCCGCCGCGCUGGGCCACCACCCGGGCCUGCCCGCCUGCGCGGGCGACGUGCACCAGGUAGCCGCGCUGCUCGGGUACGGCCACCCCGACCCGACAGCAGGCGACCGGGACAAGAGCCGGCAACGCCCGGCACAGACGAGCGAGGGAAGGAAGACGAAGGUCCGCACGUCGCGCGCUAGGCACCUUGAGGUGGAAGAAGCGCGUACCGGCGGUGACGUCAGGGACGGGGGCGAGCAGGCGGGGUGCAAAAAGUGGUGCCCCGAGGAGGACCCGGUGCAGGACUGGCUGCUGACGUCAGAAGUGGUGCGCAGCCUGCUGCGGGCGCUGGACGCGCGGGAGGAGGCGUACCGGGCGGGGCCGCUGGCGCACGACGAGGCCCUGUGGGCAGUAAUGGACGGCGGGGCUCAGCCCCGGGCGUACCACGCACUGGCGCUCAGGAUCGCAGAGCGGCAAGUGCUGCAGCGGUGCAGGGAGACGCUGAGGGCGAGGCUGACGCGAAACGAGAGGUGACGCCGGCUGCAGGCCCGGCAGGCCCCCGGAUGUCCCGGUCUCGCAAGCCAGGGUGGAGAUCGCUCUGACGAGGUCGUCUCUUGAGCGCAUAAGUGAGCAGACGAUUGUGCAGACAAGAUUCGGUGCUGCAAGGUCCCAAAGUGCUUUCCUCUCUGCUACUCUUUCAUUCCUGUGACACGGUCACGACUUCAACUGCUCUCAGUCUGCCAACUUCGAGUAGGGGCCGACACAGAGUAAAACGUCCUUGAAGGUACUCUGAAUGGGGGCAGGCAAUCGCAUAGGGUGCAAUAGCAAGCGAUGUGGUCUGGAAAGCUCCAGCUAGCAAAGUUGCGGGCUU